AUGACUGAGCAAUUUUGGAAGUCGGCUUUUGCGGACUUUGAGACUACCUCUUAUCCUUCUAUACCGAUUGAUUAUCAUGCCAAGCCGCAAAGACGCAUUUCUCAUGAGAUCCGAGACCUGGACUAUGCGUUGGCUACCACAGUCUACGUCUCAUGGGCGUUGCUUUUGGCUCAAUACACGAAUGCUAAUGAUAUUGUGUUUGGAGUAUGCCUGAGCAAGCACGAGUCUCCCACCCACCGGAUUUUGCCAAUGCGCAUAAAGCUUGACUGGAAGUCGGACGUCGUCAGCUGGAUGAAAGAUGUCGCACGGCAAGAAACAUUCUUACAGACUUUGGAGGACGAUAUCGAUCUGCACGCCUUUCCAGACAUUAAACACGACCACUCCGUGAUACGUCUGCUUUGUGUCUCUAGACCCCAUCAAACUUGCAGACUCUCGCUCCAGUUCGACGAUGAGAUUGUCGAAGCAAGACAAGCCCAUCGCAUGCUUUUCCAACUGGAAAACCUCAUUCAGCAGUUCAGGAGGCCGGAGCCCCAGACCAGGAUCAUCGAUAUCGAUCCUCUCUGCAAGGAAGACAAAGUCACAUUGUGGGCUUGGAAUAAACUACAGCCAAGGGAAAACUCUACAACCAUACCCGAAUUCUUUUCUUCCCAGGCCUCACAAUUUCCGAAUCGAGUAGCUGUCCAUGCCUGGGACGGCAAGCUGACGUACGCCGAGCUUGAGCAACAGUCAUCACAGCUAGCUCGUGUUUUACUCGCGAGGGGCCUCGCAAACACCGGUCGUAUUGUCCCUGUGUGUUUCGACAAAACAAUGUGGACCACGAUCACUAUCUUGGCAAUCUCCAAAACGGGUUCCUUGUUCUGCCUUCUUGACCCGUAUCAGCCGCCGGCACGCUUAAGCUGCAUCAUCGCUGAGUUGCAAGCAACAAUCGUCCUUGCCAGACCAGAGACCACAAAGUUGGCGCAAUCGCUGUACCACGAAGUGGUGAUUGUUGAUAACCAGUUAUUACACUGUCAACAUUCCUUAUCAGAUAGAUUGCAGCUACUUCCUGGAUUGUUGCCAGACAAUGGCCUCUAUGUGGUAUUCACUUCGGGCAGCACUGGGACUCCUAAGGGAGCAGUAAUAUCUCAUGCAAAUCUAAGCUCGGCGGUUGCACAUCAAGCUUGUGUGCUUGGUUUUAGCAACUCUCGCACUUUCGACUCAUCGUCAUACAGUUUCGACGCAUAUGUCUGCAACACGUUUCACACAAUACUUACAGGUGGUACUUUGUGUGUUCCUUUGGAAAAUGAUCGAAUUAAUAGACUGCAAUCAGUCUUACAAGAUAUGGACGUCGAGCUUGUACAGUUGACACCGUCGGUGUCUUGUCUGCUAAAUCCAGAGGCGCUUCCAUGCCUCCACACGCUCAUCUUGACUGGAGAGAAGAUCAGUCGCACAGUGCUCGAGCCUUGGCUUGCCACAAAACGGGUCCGAGUCAUCAAUGCCUACGGCCCUUCGGAGUGCACGAUCAUGUGUGCAGCCAACACCAACAUUACAAGCAUGGGAGAUGCAACCAGCGUCGGCUUUGGUCUUGGAGCUACACUUUGGAUUGCCGACGUCAAUAAGGUCACUCGGCUAGCUCCAGUUGGAGCUGUGGGUGAGCUGCUCAUCGAGGGCCCUAUUGUCGGACAAGGGUACCUGGGUGACAAGCGGAAGACUCAAGAGUCUUUGGUAUCCGUUCCGGAAGGAUUCCUCUCAGGCGAGUCUCUUGCGCCUGUGGGCCCACUUUUUCGCACCAGAGACCUCGCUUGCUACAACGUAGAUGGCUCUAUCUCCUUCAUCGGCAGAGCUGAUACUCAAAUCAAGAUCAAUGGCCAGAGAGUGGAAGUAGGCGAGGUCGAGUAUCAUCUCGGACGUUAUCUGCCUGCUGACCUGCAAUCGAUCGUUGAAGCCUUACAAUGGCCAUCGGGAAGAAAGCAACUCAUCGCUUUCUUGUUCGACAGCGGUUCUAGGUGGAAGCCGAAAGAACUUCGAAAACUAGCCAUUGGGUCUGCGGAUGUACUGUCUGACCGCCUACCGAAGUAUAUGAUACCCUCGGCGUUCUUUCCUCUGUCCAGUAUACCUAUGACUGCGACAGGCAAGAUUGACCGGAAGGCAAUCAGAGCCAUGGCCUUACAACAUCCAGAUCGAUUGCUGGACGUGAACAACGGCCUAUAUUCCGGGUCCGACAGGAAAUCAAAGACUACGAUGACUAAGGAGCAAAAGAUUCUGCAUCGUCUCUGGGUCUUGAUCAUGAAUCUUGAGAGUGUUGAAUUAGCCGACAACUUCUUUUCGAGGGGUGGUGACUCUCUCGCGGCCAUGCGUCUAGUCUCAGCGCUGCGGUCAGAAGGCUACGAGAUGCUGACUGUUGCUGAUAUCUUUUCGCAACCCCGUCUUUUGGAUCUUGCGUCGUUACUCGAGAAGAGCCAUAACAUACCAAAAGAUGUUCAUGACAAUACCGUGGCCCCCUUUCAUCUCCUCCACGAGGACGAUGAAACGGUUGAACAGAUUCGGAGAAAAGCAGCCGACCUAUGCCGCUGUCAAGUCCAUGAGGUUGAAGACAUCUAUCCAUGCUCGCCCAUUCAAGAAGAGAUGAUUACGCUAUCCGCCCGGGAUCCUAUCAAUUUUGUCACUCGCAUUCCAAUCAAGCUCCCUUCUGAUAUAGAUACACAGAAGCUCUACAGAGCUUGGGAUACUGUAGCGACAUCGAUUCCCAUCCUUCGAACACGCAUUGUCGAUCUCAAGCUUCAGGAUGAUUCGGUAUCGAGGCUUCUCCAGGUGGUCCUAAGCCUGCCUGUCUCGAUUACAGAGCACUUCGGAGGGGAGGUAUCGAUGGGCUUGGGCGACUCACUCUUUCGUGUUGGCAUCGUUAAUGACGGGUGCAGAAGCUCUCCAGGUAGCCGGCCAUCAUCUCUUGUGUUCAUUAUGCAUCACUCCAUCUACGAUGGUUGGUUCCUAAAUGAUCUUGGCGAGGAACUCAUGAGAGAGUACGUUGGCCAGCCUAGAGGUGGUAUUGGUCCUUACCGAAACUUCAUACAGUACAUCUCGUCCUAUGAUCGAGAAGCGGCAUCUCAAUACUGGAGGCGGAAUCUCAGAAGCAUCCGAACACGCCAAUUUCCAAGGACGCCUGGUCCCCACUAUAGACCAUGCGCGUCCACAGUGCUCGAGCGGCCAGUCAUCCACAUGGACUGGUCUGGUGAACAUGGAAUGACGCCCAACACGAUAUUACAAGCGGCGUGGGCAAUGGUCCUGUCAAAACACUCCGGCGCAGACGACGUUGUGUUUGGCGCGACGUUGCUUGGUAGACAAGCGCCUUUGAAAGGAAUCGAGCGCGUUGGUGGUCCGACGCUCGCCACUGUACCUGUCAGAAUCGCUUUCGAUUGGGAGUCGAGCAGUCCUCUUGAACUUCUGCAAUCCGUUCAAGCUCAGUCAUCUGAGAUGAUUCAGUUUAUGCAUCUCGGGAUCAAGAACAUUCGUCAACUCAGCUUCGAUGCGGAGCAAGCUUGUCAUUUCUCGACGUUUCUAGUGGUGCAGCCAAAACAAGACAUCUCCGAUACGAACUUUUUCGGUCUCGGCACUGGCAAGGAUGACAUUGAGGCCUUCAACAGCUACUCGCUAAUGCUGGAAUGCUCACUGACCGCUGAUGGACUUGUGCUGAGAGCAAGCUUCGAUGAGAAGGUGAUCGGUAUCGCCGACACCACAACGCUCCUGUCCGAGAUGGAACGGGUCACUACGUCACUUUCCAUGCCGGAAAAAUACCAGGUUCUUCUGGAUAUCUCGAUUCUGACCGAUAGCGAACGAAGGAGCAUCGUGAACUCGAAGAUUGAAGGGCAGCGUGCUCAGAUUCGGGAGACUGAGGUCCUCGUGCAGAGUUGUCUCCCUCAAACGAUAUCUGCUUUUAUUGAUCUAGUGGACUCGCCAGUGAUUGGAGAUCGACUUGUCGCAUUUGUUGACGCGCAGAACCUAUCCUCUACACAGUAUUUGGAGCUUCUUGCCGAGUUGGACGGGGAAAUGAUGAAUCAUCUUCCCCUCCAUAUGCUUCCUAGCGCAUUUCUGAUGGUAGAAAGUAUCUCGCAUAGCGAAGAUCCCGAACGAACACGGAGCAGCCUCCAUCAGCUGGCCCUCCAGGCGGCUAAGAAUGAUUUUGUCCUCCGAUCCACUCUGGUCAGUCACAGCCAAUCUGACCAACCAUCGACGGAAUCGGGAAUCAUUCUACAACAGCUAUGGAGUUCCGUUCUCGACGUUGACCGAAACGCAUGUGGAAAUAACACCUCAUUCAUAGCUUUGGGUGGCGACUCCCUCGCCGCCAUGAGAUUGGUAGCCGCUGCGCGAACAACUGGUUAUACCUUAACUGUCGCAGAGAUUUUCCAAAAACCCCUUCUGGUAGACAUGGCGGCAAGGAUGAGAAGCCAUAUUGAAUCACCAGAGAUGCUCCCAGCAUUUACCUUACUUGAUCAAUCUGUGGACAAGCAAUAUCUUGCUCGAGUUUGUAAUGUCGAUCCUUCCGCAAUCGAAGACGCUUACCCCUGCUCACCACUGCAGGAAGCCAUGAUGGCGGGUACUAUGCGGUGGGCUUGGAAAUUCGUAACUGUCGGUGUCACCAAUCUAUCUGAAGAAAUUGACGUGGAGCGACUGAAGAGAGCAUGGGAAAAAGUAUCAUCUAUGACACCGAUUCUUCGCACGCGUAUAGUCGAGCAUGCUGGCACAGGUCUUUUACAGGUAGUAGUAAAGGCGCCUGUUCAGUGGUCGACUUAUCGGAAGAUUGAAGACAUCCCUGACACUCCCAUGGGAGUCAACGAUCCUCUUCUGAGAUUUGCGCUCAUUGGCGUCCCAAAAACCGACAGUCGAUUCAUUCUUCGAACCACCAUUCAUCAUGCAAUCUACGACAGAUGGUCUGCUUCGCUCGUCCUAGAAGCCGUCGAGUCAGUGUAUCGACAACAAAUGGCCGUCCCAAAAUCGAUCCCAUAUAAAGUCUUUAUCAAUCAUCUCAUGAAGGACAUCGAUCUGGAUCAAGCGAACCAAUUCUGGACGGCGUAUCUAUCUAACCUCGAUGCUCCCCAGUACCCGCGUCUCCCUGACCCAAAGUACAAGCCACACCAAACGGGAGAUGUGGUGUUCGGAUCAGUCUUGAUGGGCAGACACACAUCUUUGCCUGGCAUAGAUAGGGUAGCUGGCCCCACCUUAGCAACCGUUCCCAUGCGGGUCAAAGUGCGAUGGGACUCCUCCAAGCACGAGUUUUUAGAUGGGAUUCAGUCACAAACCACGAAGAUGAUCCCUUUCGAGCACCACGGCAUUGACAAAAUCCGUCGACUCAGUCCAGAAGCACAACAGGCUUGCGAAUUCCAGUCUCUUUUGGUCGUUCAGCCUCUCGAUGAUACUAGCAGGGGCAGUCCCGCGUUUAGCUUGCAGCUAGAUGGUGACGACAGUACCGAAUCUGACGCCCACGCAAUAGUGAUGGAAGUCAGUCUGCUUGACGCAGCCGAAGGAGUUGCCACGUCGCUGAGCUUCGAUGGUGCAGUACUCAAUCAGGCGCAAGCACAAAGUAUGCUCACACAAUUCGAGCACGUUCUUCGACAUAUCUGUGACCGCAGCUCAGAUACAUCAACAAUUGGCGACCUCGAUCUCCUAGACCACAAUCAACGUUGCCAGAUUUGGGCUCGUAAUGAAACGGUUCCCCAAGCGAUCGACUCUUGUCUUGGAGACAUCGUCGCUGACAGUGCAAGAAAGCACGCUGCGGCACCUGCUAUUCACGCUUGGGAUGGGAGUGUGAAUUAUUCCCAAUUCUAUGGGUUAGCUGAGAGACUGGCCUACCAACUCAUUCAUGUUUACGGCGUGAAACCAGGCAAGACUGUUUUCGUCUGUUUUUACAAGAGCGUGUGGGCUCCCGUUGCGAUGUUGGCCACAACUCUUGCCGGUUACACCACAGUGUUACUCGAUCCUUUGCAGCCCAUUGAACGCUUGCAUAACAUCGUGCGGCAGGCCGGCCCUGGCCCAGUCCUAGUGCCUCCGUCCGCAAUGACCAAGAUAGACACUCUCGGCCCAUUGAUUGUGGUCAGCGAGAAGACCAUCAUGGCGCUUCCUACAUAUACGAAUGAUAAGUGGAAGCCAUGUAUCAAUUCAGAUGACGCGCUUUAUAUCAUCUUCACAUCAGGCAGUACAGGUGCGCCCAAAGGCGUCAUAAUCACCCAUGGGAACGGUUGUAGCGCGUUCAUGCAUCAGAGCAGAGUUUUUGGCCUACAUCCUACGUCUCGCGUAUUGGACCUUGCUUCCUACAGCUUCGAUGUCGUUUGGGAGCAAUUUUGGAUGGUGUUCUGCACGGGAGCCUGCUUAUGUAUCCCAUCCGAUGAUGAUCGCAAAGACAACAUAGCCGGAAUGAUUCGCGAUUUUGAGAUCAAUUAUCUCGACACCACCCCUUCACUUGCCAGGACUAUCGACCCCUCUAGUGUUCCCACUCUGAGACAUGUUGUACUAGGCGGUGAGCCAGUAGAUGUUGAUGACGUUACUCGCUGGGGCGAUGUAGAAGUCCGCAAUGCGUAUGGACCAAGUGAGUGCACGGUCACAAGUACAAUUGCACGUUACCGCGAAGACUUCACAGCCAUUAUCAACAUUGGUCGGCCUUGUGGACUCAAUGCUUGGGUUAUCAGCCGUGUUCAGCCCUCAGAACUUUGUCCCAUCGGUGCCGUUGGAGAAUUGUUUUUGGAAGGCCCCUUGGUCGGAAAUGGCUAUUUGAACAACGAAACGAAAACAAAGGCUUCGUUCCUCCAAGACCCUCCUUGGCUCCCGGAGCAGAUCGCGCAGCAGGGAUCUAGACGGAAAGGCAGAUUUUACCGGACUGGUGACCUGGUCAGCUGCGAUCAUCAGGGAAUACUGAGAUACCUUGGGCGCAUCGACACGCAAGUCAAGAUACGGGGCCAACGCGUGGAGCUUGAGGAGAUCGAGCUCCAUGCACGCCGGUUUAUGGGAGCAGCGGUCUCAGUUGCUGCCGCUGUGAGUGAGAUCAAAGUGUCGUCACAUAGAGUGCAAACUCUAACACUGUUCCUUUGUUCGGCUGGAUCUACUGAAUCUAGACUGCCGAUCGACGUACAGCGACAAUUGUCAAAGCAUCUCGCCCGCCAUUUGCCGCCGUACAUGGUACCAUCGAAGUAUUUCACAGUUAGCUCACUGCCCAAGACUGCAUCUGGCAAGCUUGACCGGAAAUCUUUGCAUGAGCUUGGAGCUCAAUCAAGAUUUGCGGCAAGCCAGGAGAGCAGAUCCAUAAUUGCACCAACGACGGAGUAUGGCAAUUUGCUAAGACACUUGUGGUCACAGAUUCUGUGCACUCCAGAGGAAAAAAUUUCCGAAGAUGACAGCUUCCUCGAUUUGGGUGGCGACUCGCUGGCAGCCAUUCGCUUGGUCGGCGUUGCUCGGCAGCAAGGCAUACCAUUGUCUGUGGUCAUGAUCUUCAAAUAUCCUCAACUUGGAAUGCUAGCCGAACAUGUGACAGGAUCAAAGAACUGUAUUGUCGAGUCAAGGCCUGACUCUUCUCUCUCUCCAAAACGAUCCUUCCAUCUCCCAGACGUAUCAGAUGUAGCGAGAAUCUUGUCUGUUGCUGCGAGAGAGAUCACGAGUAUUCUUCCUGUCACAGAUUUCCAACAAUACGCAGUUGCAUGUGCCUAUGGGACUCCACGAACUGAAUGGAACUACUUCGAAGUAGACUUUGGAUCGAACGUUGAUCAUUACAAGCUGAAGAAUGCUUGUACAGAGCUCCUGCAGCACAUGGGUAUCUUUCGGACCCUCUUUUUACCUUAUCAUGAUCGAUAUGUUCAAGUACGGGUCGACACUCUAGAUUCUCAAGUAUCUAUGGUGGAUGUCGAUCAAAACUUGGAUCGUGAGUGCGAAGCUAUCUGCCUUCAAGAUCUUAGCGAGCCUAUCUGCCCAAGGACGCCCUUCUCCAAAUUUUUCAUCGUGCGCAGCUGUAUGCAAGAUACGACCAAACUGAUCCUCCGGAUGUCACACGCCCACUACGAUGGCUUUAGCCUAGCGCGACUGGCAGAUUGUAUUGGAGCGCUGUACAAUAAGCGUCCGCUCCCAGUCACCACAUCGAUCUCUAGUUACAUCGAAACUGCCCUCCAUCACAGCGAUGAGUCCUACACCCAUUGGAGAACGGUUUUACAAUACUCGGCCCCUCCUCUGAGGCUGUCAGAUGAUAUGCCUUCUGCGGCGAAGAAACAGAAAGCUCGAUUCUACGUUCAGGAUAUCAUAUCUGAUUUGUUUCCAGCUAGAGGUAUCACCACCGCCGCGCUGUUUUUAGCUGCAUGGGGCAUGGCAUUGUCCAAAGUGACCCGCGCGACAGAUAUUGUGUAUGGGCGUGCUGCCUCUGGGCGGGCUUUGACAUCCUCCGAUGUCCUACAUGAGAACGUAAUGGGACCAUGUCUCAAUCUUGUACCUACGAGGCUACGUCUUCAUGGUCUCCAGACAGCUUCUGACAUUCUACAAUCAGUCCAGAGACAGCUCACCGCUUCCAUCCCUCAUGAGACUGUGGGGUUCUCCGAGAUUGUCCGCAAUUGUACGGACUGGCCGGUUCAAACAUCCUUCGAGUCUGUGCUAUACUUCCAGCGACUCGAGUCUCCAAGGUGCCAAGUCGGUGACAAAUAUGUGGAGCUUCAGCCUAUUCACUUGGACCGAGCUGACUCACUUGAACCGCCUCGAGUGAAUAUUGUUCCUCGUGGUAAGGGAGUCUUUGUUUUGGAGCUAUCAUUCCAUGAGUAA